UGAAAGGUCGUUUCAAUUGUUGAUGGCAAGAGUUUGGGUCCAUACGAUUGCGGGGAAUUCUGGAUACACACACCUUUCCUAAUGAAGAAUUAUCGCAACCGCCCUGAUCUGACUUCAGCGGCAGUCACUCCAGACGGUUGGUAUAAAACAGGAGAUUAUGGCUACUAUGAUGAUCAAGAACGCUUUCACAUAAAGGACAGGGUCAAGGACUUGAUUUUGCUGCCGGAUGGAAAAACACUGGUGUCGCCUUCUACCAUUGAGAAUUUAGUGUUGCAACAUGAGGCUGUGUUUCAAGUCGGCGUGUCCGGAAUUCCUUCUACCUCUGGAACUGGAAAUGUUCCUCGUGCUUUUGUUAUUUUGAAGCAGCAUGUUCAAGACUUGGUACCGGACGAUAUUGUGAAAUUUGUUGAAGGUUAGUUGGAAGAUUUGAAUAUGUUUCGCGCUCUGAACUCCAGUCAU